ACGAGAAAGAUAAUGUCGUGGUGGUAAGGUGGCGUCGGGCGGUGCUCUCUCUCUCUUGCGAGCUUCGAUUCCCUUCUUGGUGUACAGCCGAGGCAACGACGACGACGGCGAGGACGAGGACGAGGACGAAGAAGACGAGGCCCAGAGCGCGAGGGAACUUUCUUGGGGUGACGUCAGAAGGCCGUGGGGUGUUCGCGUUCGCUGUACUUGGCACCUUCGCAGAGCUUGUCCGGAAUGAUGACGCUCUCGGCGAAGAAGAAGCAGCGCAGAGCAGAGCAGAGCAGACAUGAGUGGCCGCAUUGUGGGCGCAGGCACACGCCUAAACGCGUAGCUGCUGCUGCUGCUGCUGCUGGGCCGAUUUGCUCGAGCCCUCCUUGCCUUUGACGAGUGAUGGGUCGAGUGGGUUGACAACUGGUUGGCCUCGCUGCUCGCGAUCUUCUUCCUGGUGCUGCGCUGAAGUGGCUGGGGCUGGUGGGCCGGCGGGAGAAGUCAGAGGAGGUGGAGCGAGGGGGCGUGGAUGGUGAUUCGUGCCGCAGCCGAGGCCGUCGUGACGUGGUGAGCGAGCGCAGCGGAAGAAGAAGGAUCGGCGGCUGCUGGUCCUCAUCGCUGGGAAUUGUCUCUCGCGAGGAGGAGACGCAGACUCGGUGCUUUUUAUUAUUCCCGUCUUCGAUCCGUCUCCUUCAAGAGACUUUCCCCGCACUCCAGCUCUCUCUCGCUCCUUGUGCCGCAUUAUGACGCGACUCCACCUCGCGCACCUUUUCUCGCAGCCUCCUCCUCCUCUCGUCGUCGGUCGUGUCAACUGUUGUGCGCCGGAUUUCCCCACCUCAUUCCUGUGAGCGCGCGCUCUCUCCCUCCCUCGCUCCGAAAAGGCCGCAGACAUCUGAAAUCAUCCGCUCCAUCUCUUCUCGUCCUCCCACCGCACCUGCGCUCGUCAUCUUCUUCCUCAUCUUCUUCUUCGUCGUCGUCAAUUUUGCUCUGUUUUCGCCAUUGCAGAUGUCUGCGAGUAGGACGAAGUCGUGUUGCUUUUGGUGACGUCGGGUCGUGGAUGAAAAUCGAGGCAGCGUUAUCGCGCAUCUCAAAUCAGAGACACGACACAGAGCAGAGAGUCGGGCCGAGAGGUAGAUAGAGCGGAGAGAGGUGGCACGAGAGCAUCGACGAGGCCAUCGCGAUGUUCCGUUCACUGGGUCAGAGUCUGUCGUUCAAGCAGCAGAAGGAUGCGGGAGCAGAGAGCGACUAUUCUGUGGAGUUCAAGAGCGGCUAUGUCGAUCCUUAUGCGUCGAAUAGCAUAAUUGACACGUCCGGGCCGCUGUGGGGGCCGGGCAUCCGGGUGCAGCAAACGCCAUCGCUCACCUCGCAGAAUCUCGCACACUGGCGCAACUACAGCGAGCAGCCGCAAGCUCUGAACGCGGCGGCCGAGCUCGAUAAAUUGUACGCAUCGCUUCCCGAUGACAAGCUCGAUCUCACUCUCAAGGACUUGGUCGACGCGCGCAAGGUUUCUCCCAAGAGCUCGCCCAGAGUGACGCCCGCCAGGGAUGGCGACUCCGUCACCAUCGGGGCAAUUCUGGGCCGCAAGGAUCCGAAGCAAGUUCGCAAGGGCGCCGCGAGGGAGGAUGGCGGCAAGUUCAAGCCCAAGAACAAGGUUCACAAUAGUCCUUCGUACUCGCUGCCCUUCAAGCUCCCGGCUCUCUCGCCCAAGCGCGACAAGAAGAAGCCUUCUUCCGCAGCAGCUCCAAAUGUGUCUGCGGCGCGCCAGUCUCUGUCCUCGCAUCUCAAAGAGCACGAAAGUGGACGCUCUGCCAGAAAUUUCGACGCCGGAUCCUCCCCAUCCUUCCCGGACUACGCCGCGAGCUCGAAUACGAUCGGAGCCGAAAUUGCGAGAUCACGCUCUCCCGACGUACACCACCGCGAGAGCAGAGAUGGUCAGUAUGCCACUGAUCAUUUGACCCUUCGCCAGCAGCUGUCGCACACGCCCGAAGACACCAAGAGUUCCAACAAUCCUCAAUCCGCUUUGCCGCAAGGGAAAGCCUGCUGCCUCUGCUCAGCCUCGAAUCUGAUCUUCAAAACUCGCUGCACGGUCUGCGGGAGAACAUACUGCUCCAAAUGUGUGAAGAAAGGGAUGGGGAGCAUGCGAGAUGGUCGCAAAUGCAAGUCCACGUGCGUCGGACGUCCAGCCAAUGCGAGAUUCGCGAAGAAAUCUGGAGUAGGCUGUUGGCCUCUGUUCGGAUUCAGCAAUAAUCACGCCAAAGUUGCAGAGACGACCGCCAAGAUGGGUGGAGAGAGGCCCGCCGCUAUGCGAUAUCAAGAAUAUGAGAUGCAGCGGAAGUCGUCAUCGUAUCCACCUUCAAGAACGAGCACCCACGGCCAACAAGCGUCUCCAAGACUUUCUCCUCUCACAUCGCCGAGACAGAGCACGCAAAGAGUAUCGCCAAGACCGAGCACUCGUCAACAUCCUCGCCAUUCAUUGCCGACCCCGAACUCUCCAUGAGAAUAGUGAUCGGUCGACCCACCGAUCAGUUCAUCACCACAUCGACCGACGACUAAUCUGAACCCUGCUUCUGCACUUUACGUGCAUUGCUCACAUUACUAUGCCUCUCCAGCGAUGCAUUUGUCAUGAAUAUCUGAAUUGCGGGCAUUGUAAGAGAGCCCAGCGAGCCUGGGCAAAUCCGAGCCGCCGCAUUCAUGUUCAGCCCUUGCUGGAGCUAUACUGGAUUUCUGGAGGAGCCGGCCACUUUUAGUGUGAACUUUGAUAGUAAACGUCAUUUUUGCUCCCUAUUCGCUGCAACUUUAACCUGGACCUGCUGCUGGCAUCGACCUUUACCCUGCAGGUGAUUAACUCAGUUAGCAGUCGAACUGUAAUUUUUGUAAAAUUUGGAAUGUAGAAUUAGCGAGGUUAUCCUCUAAUUUCAUCAGAAUGUUGGGCGAGUCCGUUCACUUAUUUUGAAUAUAUACAAGGGCUUGAAAUGC